AUGCUGACAUUGUCUUGUGAUCAGGCUGUUUCACCGAUGGAUGGGAUGGUUGCUCCCAAAGACCUCGACGUCGCCCGGGAGAAUUGUCGCCCGUUUAAGGACAUUUUCUUUGGACUGGGGAAGGGUGAUGGCGAGUGGGAGCGUGUCUCGCAAUUUAUCUCCGUGUCAAGAGUUAUCAAGAGUCUAGACUGGGAUUUCACCUGGCAGCCACCACGGUGA